UUCAGGCAAGAUGACAUUAAACAGAAAAGUCUUGAAACGUGUGCAUUCGCCACUUAAGUCCCCAAAGCGAAAUAAUACUUCAUUGCGCAAGAAGGCGCUCAUUAGGCAGUUAAAUGAUGAAGUGCAGUUUGGUGCAGCAUCUAAAGCUAAUCUAAAAGUGGUUGUCAGGGUUCGGCCUCAAAACAAGUAUGAAGAGGAGAAUAAUGCAAGAUGCAUUGUGAAAGUUGUGGAUGAUCACAUGUUAGUAUUUGACCCUAAAGAAGAAAACGACGGGUUUUUCUUCAAAGGUAUUCGUCAACAUACAAGAGAUUUAAAUAAGCGUCAAAAUAGGGAACAAAAAUUUGCUUUUGAGAGAGUAUUUAAUGAGAGCUCCAGCAAUGAAGAUGUGUACGAGGCAACUACGCAAGAUAUUAUUGACACAGUUCUUAGUGGCUAUAACUGCUCAGUUUUUGCAUAUGGAGCGACAGGUGCUGGCAAGACCUUCACUAUGCUCGGGAAAGAUGACUACCCUGGCAUUGCUUUCUUGACACUGAUGGAACUUUAUCGGCGUAUUGAGGAGAUAAAAGAUGAAAAAACGUGUGAAGUUGGAAUAUCAUAUAUUGAGGUUUACAAUGAAAUGGUACGUGACCUUCUAGAACCAGGAAAACCACUCAAUGUACAAGAAGCUGGACGUCAAGUUAUAAUCCCUGGCUUGUCUCUACACAAACCAAAAAAUGCAGAAGAACUGAUGGCGAUGUUAGCACAAGGCAAUCGGAAUCGCACGCAGCAUCCUACUGAUGCCAAUGCAGAGUCUUCUAGGUCUCAUGCUGUGUUUCAGGUUUUUGUUCGUCAGCAAGAUCGUGUUGGAAAUGUUAAAUCUAAUGUUUCCAUUGCCAAAAUGUCGAUGCUAGAUCUGGCUGGAUUGAAUCGAGGAGCUGCCCACAGGCUUCAGGAGAGAGCCAGAGAUUUAGAGAGGGUUGCCAGUCUUAACAACACAUAA